AUGCCAGCCCUUCUCCGCGCAAGUUCUCGGCGAGAGCAGCAAGCUAACACACUUCGCGCUGCAUACCUUCCCUGGACCUCAAAACAACAAUCCAGCUCCAGAAUGAAGGCAUUCGCUGCUUGUGUCACCGCGGUGGCGGCGCUGGACUGCGCGUCAGCCUUCGUGGCGCCCGUGGUGACCUCUAGCUUUGCCAGCUCGUCGCUGAGCCGCACCUCCGCUCGAUCGCGCGCCCCCGGAGUGCUACGUAUGUCUUCUGCAGUGUCCACUGACGCGAAGGUGGCGGCUUUGCAAGAGUGCAAGAAGGAGCUCGCGGGCAUGAUCGACAAGACCAACUCGCACCCCAUCAUGAUCCGACUUGCGUGGCACGAUGCCGGGACGUACAACAAGGACAGCACCGAGGGGUGGCCGAGACAGGGGGGAGCUAACGGGUCCAUCCGCUUCGAGCCGGAGAUCAACCACGGCGCUAACGCCGGCCUGACCACGGCCCUGAAGCUCCUCACGCCGAUCAAGAAGAAGUUCGAGGAGGUCGGCUGGGCGGACCUCAUGCAGCUCGCCUCGGCAACGGCUGUCGAAGUCGCCGGGGGACCCGCGAUCGACAUGAAGUACGGCCGCAAGGACGCGGUAGCACCGGAGGACUGCGUGGACGAGGGAUCCCUCCCCGCCGGGAACAAGCCUUUCCCGGACGCCGACAACGCCCAGGACCACCUGCGCAACGUGUUCUACCGCAUGGGGUUCGGUGACGAGGGGAUCGUUGCUCUGUCCGGGGCCCACACGCUGGGGCGUGCCUUCAAGGACCGCAGCGGGGAGGGAGCGGAGUCUACGAAGUUCACCUCCGGCGACCACGUCGCCCGCGGGGACGGCAAGGCCGGCUACGGGCGCAAGGGCGGGAGCUCGUGGACUGAGAAGUGGCUCAAGUUCGACAACAGCUACUACGCCACGGUACCCGACGAGGCGUCUGACCCCGAGCUGCUUAAGCUGGGCACCGACAAGUCCCUGUUCGAUGACGAGGGCUUCCUCCCCUUCGCGCAGAAGUACAGGGACAGCGAGGAGGCUUUCUUCGAGGACUACAAGAAGGCGCACAAGCAGCUCGCGGAGCUCGGCGUAGAGUGGGAAGUCGAGGGUGGCAUCUCGAUCUAAAUCUCACACCUUUCACGAUCACAUUUUAAUCCGCUUUUUCUGUUGCUGGGUACGGUUCCAACGGCACACCACGUAGAUAAAUUUGACAAACUGGUGAACGACAAGGCGUCACGUGUUGAAUGGCCGACGGACCGUUGACGAUGGAAGAGGCGAGGUAUCAGGGUAGUAGUGUGAAUAGCGCCGGUUAUAAAGAAGCGCGCUCUCCUACGCGAUGUGAACCGGUUUCAUUUGUGAGUUUUGGCUGGAGUGUGACGGGAUGGGAAUGGGAAACGGUGUCGUGCCAGCAUGUUUUGCAAUAUAUAAGGACACUUUUGGUUUGUGGUCGUUUGCUUAGUACGUAGGUUCUCUGAUCGCUGAGAUCGUUGCCAAAUCUGUCGUCUGACCCUGGUUGGGUGGCUCUCAUCUGGACUAGUUCGGCAGCGGCAUCAUCUUCGGCUAUGAGUACGAUGAUUUUCUCUUCACCUCGUAGAUCGGGUGCCUUUGCGCGCAGCGUGUGGUGUAUUUUCCGGGACACGCGUGUGUGCUUCGUUUUUCCCUCAGGGCAUUCUUUGUGCUGCUGCCCGCUGAAAUUGUUGGGGAGGUGGCUUGGAAAAUAAAGGGGGGGGGGGGGGCUCAGGUCAAUGCGCGUCUCUCCUUCGAUGAUGACCGUUCACGGUCUGGUGUCGGUUGGACAAGAAAAUCACUCGUCCGCGCUGGCUUGACAGAUAUACUGUAGGUCUCGUGUGGGUUUGUGUUUACGGUUGGGUCGUGGUCUGAGAUGUGGAUCAUCACCCGGAUUUUUUUUUCCGUCUACGCUCUUCCUCCUUUCCAUGGGAGUAGGCGUGGGAGGAGGGGGCCACCCGUUAGUUCCGCCGCUAUUUCUUCCUCGUUCGCCCAUCGUAUCAUAGGAUUGGGUGGUUUUCCACGGAAAAAUAAAAAAUAGGAGGAAGUCCUAGGGGGCGAGGAGAUUAGCCAGCCCGUGUGUUGUGCGCGCUAUUCGCGUUUGAGGCAAGGUGGUCAGUUGCUGGAUGGCGUCGAGGGCGUCGCCACAAGCAGCGGGAAAAUGUCAAUCACCGGCGGCACGCCAGCUGUUGUCCUUGUUGAAUUUU